UUCUCUACACCCUCUCCAGCAUUUGUCAUUUGUAGAUUUUUUUUUAUGAUAGCCAUUCUGACUGGUGUGAAGUGAUAUCUCAUUGUCAUUUUGAUUCAGCAACUUACUUUCAGUUGGUUCUGGAAAGAAAUGAUUUGUACUGUGCUUCCAACAUUUUUGUAAGCUUGAAAUUGUUUCAAAAUCUAAAAAUACAUUGUAAAAAAAUUAGGGUACAGCAAUGCAAUAAAAUUCUGUGCAUUUGAAACCUUAGGUACCCAAUGUGGAAUAAUUGCCAAUAUAAAUGGAAAAAAAUGUCAGAAAAAAGAAUUUUUAAUGCUCCUGUAUUCAUAUACAGAGACUGUCUCCAGAAGAAUACAUAAAAUGUGGUCACUUUGAUAGAAUAGGAAUUGAAUUGAAUAUUAUGGGAAGAGGGCUAGAACAGGCUAUUCAUUGUAAAGUUUAUUACUUUAAAAUUUUUGUUCCAUGUAAAUAUUCUUACUCAAAAAAUUAAUAAAAAUGAAAAGAUAGUUUCUUAAUUUGUCAGGUAUCAGUGGGUUCAGGACAUUUGUGAAUCCUACCAUGUGUAUAUCUUUCUGAGUAGAAUGUUACAACUUUCAUCAUAGUUUUUUUUAAUAGGGGUCUGUGAUCCAAAAGAUUGAUAACCAUAGAUUUGAAAUAAACCCAAGGGACUUACCUGGUGAUCCAGUGGUCAAAAAUCCACUUUCCAAUGCAGGGGAUGUGGGUUCAACCCCUGGUCGAGGAACUGAGAUCUCACAUGCCACAGUGCUACAACUAGAGAGAAGCUCACAUGCCACAACAAAGAGCCAGUGCACCACAACUAAGAUCCAGCACAGCCAAAAAUAAAUAUUAAAAAGAAAAUAAAUUCAGACUCGCGCUGCAGCCCCCGCCUCCCGUGCGCAACUCUCCGACCCACGUGAACCUCCCCUCCAGCCACUGCUGCCACCCUUCGGAAUGGCCAACAGGGGACCUGCGUACGGCCUGAACCAGGAGGUACGGCAGAAGAUUGAUAAACAAUACGAUGCGGACCUGGAGCAAAUCCUGAUCCAGUGGAUCACCACCCAGUGCCGCAAGCAUGUGAGCCGGCCUCAGCCUGGGUGCAAGAACUUCCAGAACUGGCUCAAGAAUGGCACGGUGCUGUGUGAGCUCAUUAAUGGGCUGUACCCCGAGGGACAGGCCCCAGUGAAGAAGAUCCAGGCCUCCACCACAGCCUUCAAGCAGAUGGAGCAGAUCUCCCAGUUCCUGCAAGCAGCCAAGCGCUACGGCAUCAACACCAAUGACAUCUCCCAGACUGUGGACCUCUGGGAAGGAAAGAGUAUGGCCUGUGUGCAGCGGAUUCUGAUGAAUCUGGGCGGGCUAGUGGUAGCACGGGACGAUGGGCUCUUCUCUGGAGAUCCUAACUGGUUUACCAAGAAAUCCAAGGAGAACCCUCGGUACUUCCCGGACAACCAACUGCAGGAGAGCAAGAAUGCGAUUGGCUUACAGAUAGGGACCAACCGCGGGGCUUCUCAGGCAGGCGUGACCGACUAUGCGAUGCCACGCCAGAUCCUCUGAUCUGCUCUUCAGCCCUGCCCCUGCCCUCCAUGAAUGGUUAAUAUAUAUGUUUGUUUGUUUGUUUUUUAGCACUGACAUUUCCUGAGAGCUCCUGGGAGCUCUCACACUCCCUUCUGCCAGGGUGGGGGCCUGGCUUGUCUCCUCCAGGGGUGCCCGAUGGUGGCCUCCCCUUUGUGCUGACUAAUACAUUCCCUUCUCCAAACCUACAAAACUGGACCAACUGGCCUCUUUUCCCCUGGGACCAAAAUUGGGGGGGGGGGGGCGGGGUCUCACCCCCUCUCCACACCAUACCUCUUCUCUUUUCUCUGGCCUCUUCCCUCUGAGCCCUAUGCCCUAAUCCAUUCCUUAGCUGGAAAUCAAGGAUGCUGCCUGAUGGCCUUCUCCUCCAAGUAUGCCUUGCCCACAGCUGUGGCUGCAGGGAAUUAAUUUAUAUGGAGGGACCUGUGGCAACCGCCAUCCCAGCCCCAGAUGGACUGCACUCACCACACUUUGGAGGCAGCCUGCCCUGGCAGAGGCCCCCAGGCUUCUCAUUUUCCAUUCCUUUCUGUGGCUAAGGGGUGAGGGUGAGGGGGCCUGGGAGGGAAGGCUGCUCUCCAUGGGCUGGGGCUUGAAAAAUCUUGAGUUUGCUGAUUUAAAUACAGAAUCUUUGUCUUAAAAAUAAAUAAAUAAAUAAAUGCAAAUGAAAUUCCUUCCUACAAGUUUAAGAAUUACAUUAAUUUUGCUUUUAUCUCACAUAUCUUAGAAUAUGUGACACAGACAAUAAAGCAAAACAAAAAAAGUAGUUUAUUGUGGUAGGUGCUAGAAUAAACAAAGAUCACUAGAACACUACUGUGCUCUCAAAAAAUAGAACAUAAAACCAAAUUGUGUAUAGUAAAGUUAAAUAUUAAAGGAGGUAAUGUGGAGAUGUUUUAGGAGCAUUAAGUACUGAACUAACUGUGCCUAGGGAUCUGGAGAAGAGUCAGAAACCUUUUCAAAGAGGAGGCAAUUUUUGAGUGGGGCUUUAUAGAAUGAGUAGGAAUUCACCCAGUGGCAGCUCUAGAAUGUCUCUGUUGGAGGAGCGAGUGGCAGCCAUCUAGACAGAAGGAAAAAUUGGAGAAUUUGUCUUAAAGUUGUAUUUGCAUGGCAAGCACACUAUUUUUAUUUAGAACUCAUGUUUAUUAGGGUUACUGAUGAAGAUUAUGAGGAUAGUGCUAAAAGCAAUCUGCCUACUUGCUAAAAAGCUCAAGUUUUAUCCUUGUAGGCAAUGGGGAACCUUUAAAAGAUUUAAUCAGGACAAUCAUAUAGGCAUUUUAUGAAAAGAACACUCACAGCAGUGGAUUUUUUUUUUUUUUUUUGCAGUACCAAGUCUAAAGCAUAAUUAAAGUAACUACAGUAAAGACCUAAAGGAGGUUGAGGUGGAAGUGGAAAAGAAGAGGGGUUAGAUUAAAGAGAUAGUUAUGAUAGAGAAGAACAAGAAUUGAUGGUUAUAUAGAUAGAUAUGGCAUGUGAAACAGUGAUGACUCUCAGGUUACAAAUUUAGUUAAUUGGGCAAAUGGUGGUACUGUGGACAGGAAUGGAAUAGAAAUAUUGGACAAGAAUACAUUUGGACUGGAAUAGAAACAAUAAAAUCAACUGGAAUUGCCAGCUCAGGAUGCUUCUGAUAGAGAUACCCAGUGUGCGUGUGUGCUUAGCCACUUAGUUGUGUCUGACUCUUUGUAACCCUUUGGACUGUAGCCUGCCGGGCUCCUCAGUCCAUGGGAUUUUCAGGCAAGAAUACUUGACUGGGUUGCCAUUUCCUUCUCCAGGAGAUCUUCCUGACCCAGGGAUUGAACCUGUAUCUCCUGUGUCUCCUGCAUUGCAGGUGGAUUCUUUACCUACUACUGAGCCUUUGGGGAAGCCCUUAGAGAUACCCAGGGAGCAUUUUAAAUAACAGAUCUGGUGUAUAGUAGAGUGGCCAGGUGUAGAGAUUUAGAACUGGGAAUCAUUGUGGUAGUUGAGUCCCUGGAAAUAAGUCAAUCAGAGAUUGAGACACUGAUUAAUUAAUGAUUGUUGAAGAAGAUUAUUUUCAUAGAUUAUAUACAUAGUAGCACUUGAAUAUCAGAAUAAUAUCAAGAAAAGGUCUUGGUUCUGAGUGUAAACCUAAAGACUGAAGCAAUGCUAUGCCCUAAAUAUAGGCCCUUUGCAUCUUUCACCUACAUUAGUGCAAUGGCAAAGGACAGAGACCAAAUAAAAAAGGCAAGAAACCCAGAGAAGAAGAGAAAUUGACUUUAGCACCAUCCCAGUUUCCUCUAGUAAGUUAAAAAUGUGAACCAAAACUAUUUGAGACGUUUCAAAAAAUUGUUUUCAUGGAAAUUUUUUAAGAAAAUUUACCCAAAAUUUGGAAGUAAAGCAAAAUAGUCAGUAUGCUGGGGCACUGUUCAACAGGCCCAAGCAAGGAUUACUUAAUUUUCAAGUCUAGGAGAGUGAACCUGUCUUUGACUCUUUACUAUUUAAUUAAAGCUCAGACACUGUUAAGUUACACAUUAAUGUGUAGAUUUCUCUCUGCUAGAAAAGAUAAUCCCAAAGAUUAUGAUCUGAUUACCCCAAGGGACAUUAGCAUGUUGUGCAUCUAACCUGGCAACCUAAUUCUAAUAUUCCUUCUUUUUAUUAUUGGCUUUAUUCAUUUUAAGAAACAUUAAUGAGCUAAUAAAGGUUUGACACAUUAUUCUAUAUUUGCAUGAGAGAUGUUUUUCUGUUUUUGAAAAUUGUAUUUUGACAGUUCUUUCCUUCAAAACAUGUGGAAUGGGGGGAAGUGCCGGGGGCGAGGAACUAAAGAUAUAAACCAAGAAGAUAUUCAAGUAACCAGUCUCCCUGCUAACACUCUUUCUUCCCUAUGGUCUCCUCUCACCAUAACAGGCAAAGUGAUCCUUUGAAAGUUUAUGUUGGGUUAUGUCAUCCUUUAUACUUUGAUCCCACCAGUGGCUACACAUUUCAUUCAGUGUUAAAGGCAAAGUCUUUACUGUGUCCCAGAAAAAUCUACAUGAUCUGCCACUCCCAAUAGCAUGCUCUUUCCCCAGCUGGCUUUAUUCUUCUCCAUAGCACUUAAUACUAUACAAAAUCCUAUAUAUUUGUUUAUUUCCUAUCUCCUUUCAUUGGAAUUUUUUUAAUUGGAGAAUAAUUACUUUACAAAAUUGGGUUGGUUUCUGCUGUACAACAGUGCAAAUCAGCCAUGUGCUGAGCUGUAGCACAGCUGUACCUAUGAGCGUAGCCUGCAAAGCUCCUCUGUCCAUGGGAUUAUCCAGGCAAGAAUACUGAAGUGCAUUACCAUGCCCUCCU